UUGCAUUUGAACUGCGGCGUACCUAGGAAAGAGAAGCCAUAGUUGGCCAGCAACUCUGGGUCAUCAGCCUCUGCAGCGCUGCCGCCUUGCAGAGAUGUUUGGGCUCCUGCUGCUCCUCUUUCUACCCUUCAUCCUGUACUUGACUGCGCCAAAAAUCAGGAAAAUGCUAUCCAAUGGGGUAUGUACAUCUACCGUCCAGCUUCCUGGGAAGGUGGCUGUAGUCACUGGAGCUAACUCAGGCAUUGGGAAGGAGACAGCCCAAGACCUGGCUCGUAGAGGAGCUCGUGUGUACUUAGCUUGCCGGGAUGUGCAAAAGGGGGAACUGGUAGCCAAGGAGAUCCAAACCUCCACAGGGAACAAGCAGGUGCUGGUGCGGAAACUGGACUUGGCCGAUACCAAAUCUAUUCGAGCCUUUGCCAAAGACUUCUUAGCUGAGGAGAAACACCUCCACAUUCUAGUCAACAACGCAGGAGUGAUGAUGUGCCCCUACACUAAGACAGCAGAUGGCUUUGAGAUGCACAUUGGAGUCAACCACUUGGGCCACUUCCUCUUGACUCAUCUGCUACUAGAGACACUAAAAGAAUCGGCCCCAUCAAGGAUAGUCAAUGUGUCUUCUUUGGCACAUCACCUGGGAAGAAUCUAUUUCCAAAACCUGCAAGGCGAGAAAUUCUACAUUGCAGGUCUAGCUUAUUGUCAUAGCAAAUUAGCCAACAUUCUGUUUACUCGGGAACUGGCCAGGAGGUUGAAAGGCUCUGGAGUGACGACAUAUUCUGUCCACCCUGGCACAGUCAAUUCUGAACUGGUUCGGUACUCAUUGUUUAUGAGAUGGAUGUGGCAGCUUUUCGCCUUCUUCAUCAAGACUCCUCAGCAAGGAGCCCAGACCAGCCUGUACUGUUCCUUAACAGAAGGCCUCGAGAGUCUAAAUGGCAGCCAUUUCAGUGACUGCCAAUUGGCUUGGGUCUCUGCCCAAGCUCGUAAUGAGACAGUAGCAAGGCGGCUGUGGGACAUCAGCUGUCACCUGCUGGGACUCCCUGUGGAUUGCAAUACCACUGGAUAAGAUGACCCUCACAUUCAUAUUUUCCUUUGGAAACCUGCUCCUGCCUAGAAGAAUGGAAGCCCUGGAAGGGUUGGUAUUUGGGAAUGUAGACUAAAUGCCCUUUCUCCCAGCCAACCAGCCUUUACCUGAAGAGCAUCAUUGCAACCUCAGCUGAACCCCAGGAGUCACAGUGACCUGGCACAUGCCUUUGUUGCCCUAACAUCUGGAUUCUUGUAGGAAACUCUUCGCUGAAUCUGUCUGAAGUUAUUGAGGUUGAGACAGCUUCCUUUUUCUAAGAAGUUUAUGGAAUUUCAAGGAGGGUAGAAAUAAAAAUAAAGCUAAACUCAAUUUCCUGUUUCUCAGACCAGUAAGGAGGUGAAAACAGGCCACCUGGCUUCAGUUACUGACCCCAGAUCCAUAGAGACCUCUUUCUUGUGCCUUAGUUUCUUUUAGGAAACCAGAAGAGGAAAGGAAAGGCAUUUUCAUUAUCAUUGUGUCUGUCUUUGUGUGUCUUCUGGUGUAUUUAUGCAAUUGGGAAUAUUCUCACAAAAUUCACAACACCCACAAAGGAAAAGUAUGAAAUUGGAUGGUAAUGCAAAUAAAUAACCAGAGAUGGAACAAA